CCCCCUGGCGGCGAUGUCGGCUGCACCGCGGAGAGGAGGGCGCGCGGGGAAGCUGCUGGCCGACCCAGGACCGGCCUUUGCGGAAUCCUAGAGGCUGUUUGUCCCCAGCCAUUCGUCUCUGUGGUCCCUUCAGAAGGUCUGCUUCAGGAUGACCCUGCCCGGAGUCGGAUCCCUUCCCAAGUGGAAUCCUCGUGAAGCGGGCCAGGAGACUCAGGGGGCUCCUUCUCGCGGGACCCUCCCCAUCCCAAUCCCAUGAGGCCCUUGAGAGCAAUGGCCACGCAAGUUGAACUCGGCUCCAGCCUGACCUCGCUGGCCAGCAUACGCGAACCAAGGACCGAGGCCGCCUUCCGCCACUCCUUUCUGACCUCGCUGUCUGACUCCAGCCGGAAGCCCGGGGAGGGUCCCCGUGCUCUGGCCCUGCUCAUCCCGGAGGGCAGGGGGAACCCCAUGGGCCCCGCCACCAUGCCCUCCACCGCCUCCAGGCCACCGUGGACCCCCAAGCCCUUCUCCCGGGAGACGUCUUCCGACACGUUUGCUACGGUGAAGCCGCCCGUCCCGGCACUCAAGCCCAGCCAUGCCACGCCAAAGCCCCCCACCUUUGCCCAGACCUUUGAAGACGCUGCCAAGGGGUCUCCUGGAAACGUCCCGCCGCUCCUGGAUCAGAAACCGAUGGAGAGCAAAGGCCCCCUGGAGCCGGUCGCCCACCUGCCCUUCUAUCUGAGUCCCCAGGCCAACACGGUCAUCCUCUUUGAAAGCAGAGGUCCGGCGAAGGGGAGGGCCGAAGAGGGAGGGUCCAAGGCCCAGGAGGGGCAGCUGCUACGCUCCCAGUCAGAGAAGUGGCCCCGAAGGCAGCCCUCGCUCUCCACGGACCCCAGGCCGGUCUCCUGGGCCCCUCGCUGGAAGGAGGCCUUUGCGGGGGCCCCCAAGGGUCCGGCUACACAGCAGAGUCCGGCUCCGGCCACCGAGACACACUCCCAGGUGGGGGGGAGACCUGCAGCCUCGGCUGGCUUUGGGCGAUCCUGGCAGGAACAAAGGCAACCAGCUCCUCCCGAGGCAGCUUCCGGCCCAGGGUCCCCAAAACCGAAGCCGCUCCCCUUGGAUCUCACAGGGAUAUUUGAACCCCGGGACCCCUCCUGGCAGAAGAAGCCCUCCCUGGCUGAGAGUGGAGAGAAGAGCUUCCCGGCAGCUGGCGACGGGGCCCUGGAGGCCACAGGAGCGAGGAGCGCAGCAGCCAGCUCAAGCGGGGCUGCCCCAUCCGGGCCCAGAGCGAAAAGCGCCGGCCAGCUGGCUGAGUCCCCCCAAGGUUGUUUGCCCUCUGCUCCCCCGGGCCAGACCCUCCCGGAAGAGGCAGGGCGAAAGGGCGCACAGGAGGAGACGGUUGCGUGGGAGCCGGGGAAGCCCAGCGUGGGGCAGCCCAGCGCUAGCCAAGGGCAGCCUCUGGGGGAGAGGGCAGAGGUCCCUCCCCAGCAGGGCGGCUUAAGGAACGCCUCGGACGGCAACCAGAGAGGCUGCGCUAAGAAGACCCUCCUGCUCCCGGACCCGCCAGGAAACCCUUGGGCUCCCACCGAGAGUGAGUCCCUCCGCGGCAGCCCCGGACAGGAGACUGGGACCCUGAACAUCCAGCAGCGGAUUCAAGUGCUGACGGCGGAGAAGGCGGGUGCCAAGACAGGAGGCCUGCGCCGCUCCUUCCGCUCCCGGCCCCUCUCCACGGAUUUGACACAGAUGUUUUCUGGGCCCGUGGCGGCAGACGAGCUGAAGGCCAAGAGGCAGCCUGGAUGGAACAGGAAGCCUGCGAGGGAGAGGCAGGAGGCCCCAGAGGAGGAGACGCUGCCUAUGGGUGGAGCAGAUGUUGGAGAAGCCGGCAUGGCUGGCAGUCCCUGGAAGCCCCCGCUGCUGGCAAGGACACCGUCCGGAGAGGAGCCCCCCAAAAGAGAUGCCUCUGUGCCAGGGGAAGACCCCAGCGUGGUCCUCGGCCCCAAAGCCAGAACGUUGUCCAGUUCGUCCACUGAAGACUCCUGCCCCAAGACGGUCAGGGCAACCAUGUUUGAGCAUCACGUGCAGAGACACAGUGUGGUGGCCAGCCAGAUUGGCCCCGAACCGGCCCUGGUGCCACCAAGGGUGCCCUUUGGAGGCUCGCCCUCCCGGGCUCAGGAAUUUUGGAAGGAGAGAAUGCUGGGAGAUGGCUGGGUGGCCAAAGCCUCCGUCCAGAAGGAGGCCGGAGGACUCAGAGAUCCCAGGCCUUUGACCGAGGACGAAGGCUCUCCAACGCGGGCAGAAGACCCCCUGGGGGAGAAGGGGGAGCAGCCUGCUUCAAAGGGCAUGGAGGACUCCCUGCUGGCUCAAAGGAUCGAGCCCAGGUACGAGAUUCUGCAGACGGUGGGGGAGCGGGCGCAGAGCGAGGCAGUGGCAGCCGUCUCCGGAGGGAAGGCCGUCACUCUCCGCCGCCAGAGAUACUUGAAGGAGAACCGGAGAGCCGGCGGCUAUGGCAAGAGCGAAGCCUGGGGAGGGGCUUCUCCUCCAGGAAGAGGCCCCUUGAAGGACCACCCGGCCUCCGGGAUCCAGGCUGCUUUCUAUAGCGAAGCAACCGGGCCAGAGAGAAAUCGGGCCGGACAGCAGGCGGCCUCUUCCAAGAUGAAGGAUGACGGCAACUUUGCCCCACUGUUGGAAACCGAAAAGGAGAGGGGGCUUGCUCCUGCUGGGGUAACGGAGGGGCCCAAGGCACUGGGUUGCACCCGGCAGUGGGCUGGAGCCAGGGCGCCCGGGGCCGAUGGCUGGGAAGGUAGGGUUGGCGUGCUUGAUCAGCAGACCAGCCGGGGCCAAAAUGCCAGCUGCCCAGGAUUCCUCUUCGGCCUGCACCUGAAGCCACCUCAGGGGCCGGAGGACUCUGAAGGGCAGGAGCGGCGCUCGACCAGAUCCGCAGCGGCCCAAGAAAAGUGGGAGGCCACGGCAGAAGGAAAGCAGCCGCCAGAGCUCAACAUCGGAGCGAGGUGGGCGAGCAGCUUCCGCGACGCUUCUGCUCCCAGAGGUUCAGACCGCUGGAGGAGGAAGACGCUGCCCCAUGGCUCGGCCAGGCUUGAGGACACCCCCCAGGGCCCUGCCCAGUUGGCCAGCAGGAGAGGCACCCCACGCCCGGCGGAGGAGGGCUCAGCGGCCAAAGGAAGCUCCCAGACCCCCUGUGGACCAGAGCCCAGGCAGCCGGAGAAGCCGCUCUCCCCUUCAGAGCCCAAGGCCACGUACUUCGCGGUCACUUGCCAAAUCUCGGAGAUCAAUAACCCGCCCAGAGCUGCUGCGGCUCCUCAUGCGAGCGCUUGCCCUCGCCCCUCCUCCCGGCGCGCCCGGCGCUACCUGCGCUCGUCCGGGGGAGCCAUGGAGUCGCUGGGGGAGAAGCUGGCGGGGGCGCAGAGCCAGGUCAACCGCUGGGUGGGCUCCGUGCGCCGCUCGUUGCACGAGGCGCUGAGCCUGGUGACGGCGGCGGUGGCCCCCGAGCGGGCGGCGGGCGAGGGGCCGGCCCGGGCCCCCUUCAAGCGCACGGCCUCCUUCAGGCAGCUGGCCUCGCGGGGCCGAGACUCCUUCCGCCAGUUCUCGGUGCGCAGCCAGCGCCGGCUCUCCUCGCUCAGGAAGAGGCCCGCCGGCGGCCCGGAGCAGCCCCCGCCGGAGCUGAGGACUUUAACCGGGAGUCUCACCCCGGAGUCUCCCUCCUCCUCGGAGGGCAGCGAGGCCCCUGCGCAGAAGCCAGAGUCUCCCAGCCGCCCGGCCUCCUUGCACUCCACCCAGAGGGCUCCGGCCGCUGACCAACGGGGCUCGUCCAGGGAGCAGAGGAGCCACAGCCUGGACAACUCCAGCCACCUCCAGGCAGAGCCGGCCUCCCCCACCACAGAGAAGGACAGCCCGGACUUCUCCUUCCUGGAGCAAACUCCCCGGCUGGACUGCGGGGUCCUGAAGAGCCGCGUCCUUCUGGGCAAAAAGCUGCAGCAGCACCGGGCCCCCAUCUCCCACACCCUCCGGAGGGGCGCCAGUGGAGACCCCCAGCCGGCCCCCAUCGCUGCGGGGGAGGGAGCAGCCAGCGCCUGGAUGUUCAGGGACUGCACAGAAGAGAAGCCCCCCAGGGCAGGGGAGGAAGAGGAGGAGUCCCCUCCAGCGGAACGGCCGUUCUCUUCCCAGCCACGGCUGCCUCUCUUUCCGGGCCUGGCCCCCUCCGCCCUCAAGGCUCAACUCAGGAAAAGGCCCGAGUCGGAAGGGAGGAGGGAGGAAGCCCCCCCAGCACCCCUCUGCAAGUCGCCCAAAGGUCCGGUUCCGGCCAGAGUCUCCGGGGGCCGGGCGCUGGUGGCCACCCCCAAGAAGGAAGGGAGGCCGGAGGAGGUGCCCCCUGCAUGGCUGACGGAGCUGAAGUCCAGGAGGGAGCAGGGCCAGCCCGAGAGCCCCAUCUGAGGUCGAAGCCAUGACUGGCCGGAGGAGGAGCUGCCUUAACUGACCGCCGCCCGUUCCCUGCCCUCCCGAGGCUUCCUCUCGCCUUGACCAGCCGCUGCGCGCUCAGUGCCUUCCCCUUGGGGCCCUGCCUGGCUCCAGCCCCGGAGGACCCCCGGGAGGGGCCCAGCCCCACCGCCCUGCCUCUGAGGCUGCCUUCCUGCUGGGGAGUCAAGGACCCGGGAUCCGUGGGGGGGAGGAGAGGCCUCCUCCUUCCUCUUCCUCUCUGCAGACGGGGGAGACGGAUCCCGCUGGCUGCCACACCGAGGAGGAAAAGCCGAUUUCCCCAGGAUCUGUUUCUGACCGGCUGAAGGGAGGCGCUGGGGGCUUGCUCCUUGGCCAGGGGGCAACGUGGCUCCUCCCUGUGGCUGUUCAGAGGAGGGGUUUUUCGUGGGAGUUUUGUCGGCCGUCCUGUCCGAGGCGAGAGAAAGCAAUAAAGCCCAGAACAGCUGUAAAUCCCCCCCCCCCUCCAGGAGGCGGCUUCUCCCUGGACUUCAGAGAAGGGAAACGGACAGGAGGGGGGAGAGAAGCCGACGGGGUCUCAGCCCCAGACGCCUCGUGGUCUUUGCUGUAGAUUUUCUUGUAAAUAUUUGGAGAAUAUUUCCAUUCCAGUCUCUUCCCCAGCAAUCGAACGUGCCUCUGCGUGGCCGGGAUGGGGUGAAGACCCCCACAAGCCCUUCUCUGGUUAGCUGGAGGAAUCCCAAAUGGGGCAGUUCAGUGAAUGGGGCCCGAAGGCCUCUGGAGACCCCUGUGGCUAGGCUGUGGGGCGGAUGGGGGUCAUACCCGCCUGCCUUUCACCCCUUUGGAGGCGGCCACCCCAAGGCUGCCUCUGCUCCCGGCCGGCUGGCUGCUCGGUCGGCCCUGUGCCCACCCGCGGGCUCUGCAUUCCUGCCUCCCGAGAGGCUGCUGUGCUUGGAAACUUGCAUUCCGCCCCCCCCCCCCAUAAGUGUCCUUCUCAAAACGCUCUGGCGCCCCAAAGGGUCCGGCCGGAGGGGACAGAGAGAGCCUGCUGUUAGGCGAGACUGCUAAGCUGCCCGUGAGCCUCCCAGGUGCCCUUCCUGGGCCAUGGCUCCUUUCUCCCCUCCCUCCCUGCCUCCCGUUCCCAGCCUGGCCCAUCUGCCCCACUAGGCCUCCAGCCCUCGGGCAUCCUGUCCCUCGUUGGGGGGUGGGGGCAGUGCCACUUGGCGGAGGCCUCUCCUGGCAGUGCCAGCAGGAAGCCCGGGCAUCGGGCAGCGUUUCUGAGGCUGGGGCAGAUCCCUGGGAAGCUGCGCACGGAGAUUCUGCGGGUGGACAUGUCCAGUCUCGACCGUCUGAUUAAAAAGCUUCUCAGAGUGAA